GGCCAGCCCGAGCGGGACUUUGCCGAGCGCCGCGCCGCCCUGCGAGCCGGGCAGCCGGGACCGCGCCGCUCGCUCGGGCCGGCACCGGGACCGGCACCGGGACCGCUCCGCACGGCUCGGCGGGUUGCGGCUUGGCUCGGCGCGGUACUUCGCGGCGCGGCUGGGUCCGGCGCGGUGCGGCUGGGCUCGCCCCGGUGCGGUGCGGCUGGGAGCGCCGCCAGGUCCUGGGCUGCCGUGCUGGGGCUUGGCCGUGCGGAGGGCUCCCCAGCGUGGCUGCUGCACUGUCGCCAAGAGGACUGCUGAAACGAAGGGGCUAAUGAGCACCAGAGAGGGAGGAUCUAUAACUUCCAGAUGGCAACGAGCCUGUAAUCCCUUUGGGAAGAAUUAGGGACUCAUCGGCGCAGCAGAGCCUGGCGAGGGGAGCGAAGCAUAACACCUCCAGCUCCAGGAGAGCUGCAAGAGGCUGAGGGCAUCCUCAUGUUGACUGCAAUGGCCACCCUGGCCUGAGCUGCCUGGAUGUCUCUUGCGAAGCCCUGGGGCUGCUGGGAGCCUGUCCCUGAGCACUGAACUAUUUCUCAUUUUAACUGAUCGCAUGUUCUCCAACCAAACCCCAUCCGGGUCCUGCUUCUUCCAACACAGAAAAAGACUUUUGCCCUUAACAGAAAGGCUUCUUCCUUCUGGUUUUUAUGUCCCUGGGAUUCUAAAGCAUCGUUCUUGCUGGAUUUCAUCUCCCAUCAAAGUGUGUUUUGAGGAAUUACGGGCUUAUUCCCAUGGCUUUAUAAACCGCUGGGAUCUGAGGGUCUCUGCCUUCCACGCCACUGCUGCUCCUACCUGUCUGCGAUGGGGCGAGAGCAGGAGCUGAUCCAGGCCGUGAAGAACGGGGACGUACCUGGUGUGCAGAAACUGGUGGCCAAGAUCAAGGCGUCCAAGAGCAAGCUCCUGGGAUCUGCCAAGCGCCUGAAUGUGAACUACCAAGAUGCCGAUGGGUUCUCAGCACUGCACCACGCAGCCCUGGGCGGCAGCCUGGACCUCAUCUCGCUGCUGCUGGAGGCACAGGCCACCGUUGACAUCAAGGACAGCAACGGGAUGCGGCCCCUGCACUAUGCAGCCUGGCAGGGGCGUGUGGAGCCGGUGCGGGUGCUGCUGCGUGCUGCCGCCUCCGUCAACAUGGCCUCGCUGGACGGGCAGAUCCCGCUGCACCUCUCGGCACAGUAUGGCCACUAUGAGGUGUCAGAGAUGCUGCUCCAGCACCAGUCCAACCCCUGCCUCAUCAACAAGGCAAAGAAAACCCCCCUGGACCUGGCCUGCGAGUUCGGGACGCUGAGAGUGGCCCAGCUGCUGCUGAACAGCCAUCUGUGCGUUGCCCUCCUGGAGGGACAGUCCAAGGAUGCCACCGACCCCAAUUACACCACCCCGCUGCACCUGGCAGCCAAGAACGGGCACAAGGAGAUCAUCAGGCAGCUGCUGAAGGCCGGGAUCGAGAUCAACAAGCAGACAAAGACGGGCACAGCCCUGCACGAGGCUGCGCUCUAUGGCAAAACGGAGGUGGUGCGGUUGCUGCUGGAGGGCGGUGUCGACGUGAACAUCAGGAACACCUACAACCAGACGGCACUGGAUAUCGUGAACCAGUUCACCACCUCACACGCCAGCAAGGAUAUCAAGCAGCUGCUGAGAGAGGCAUCAGGAAUCCUGAAGGUCCGAGCUUUGAAGGAUUUUUGGAACCUCCACGACCCGACUGCUCUCAAUGUCCGGGCAGGAGACGUCAUCACGGUCCUGGAGCAGCAUCCGGACGGGCGGUGGAAGGGGCACAUCCAUGAUGCUCAGAAAGGCACCGAUCGCGUUGGGUACUUUCCCCCCUCCAUCGCCGAAGUCAUCAGCAAGCGAACAGGCACGGUUGUCCCCCGCCUGGCACCCACACACCAGCGCCAGGGUCCCCCCGGGGCCCUCCCGGCCCCCCCCGGCGGGCUGCAGCACCUCCCCGACGAGUGUCCUCACCAGGCAGCCCCAAGCGUCCCAGCGGCCUAUGGCCACCUCACCCCAACCCGGACGGGCCCUGACAGCUCAGCAGGAGACAGGAACAGCGUGGGCAGCGAGGGCAGCAUCGGCAGCAUCCGCAGUGCUGGCAGCGGCCAGAGCACCGAGGGCACCAACGGGCAGAGCACCAGCAUCCUCAUCGAGAACGCCAGGCCACUGGCCUCCACUGGUGACGACCUCCAGCAACACCUUCUGGGAUCGGAGCCGCGCAAUGGGCAGUUGACCUCCACAGCAGGGCCACAGAGCCAGCAGACCCCAGGCAGCUGCCCCCCUGGAGACAGGGUCUUCUCCCACCAGUUCCUGCGGCCUGAGCAGCUCCUUGAGGGGAAGGACGCAGAAGCCAUUUACAACUGGCUCAGUGAGUUCCAGCUGGAGUCGUACACGGCCAAUUUCCUCAACGCUGGCUACGACGUCCCCACCAUCAGCCGCAUGACCCCAGAGCCCCGCUCUGCUCACGUUAGGAUCUUGACAGCCAUCGGUGUGACCAAGCCGGGCCACAGGAAGAAGAUCUCCACCGAGAUCGGGCAGCUCAGCAUCGCUGAGUGGCUGCACUACAUCCCGGCUGACCUGAUGGACUGGCUCAGCGCCAUCGGGUUGCCUCAGUACCACAAAAAACUGGUGAACAACGGCUAUGACUCCAUCACCAUCGUGACAGACCUGACGUGGGAGGAUCUGCAAGAGAUCGGCAUCAACAAGCUGGGCCACCAGAAGAAGAUCAUGUUGGCUGUCAAGAAGCUCAGAGACCUCCGCAAAAGCCUCAACCAAGCAGAAGCAACUCUGGCAAGACGCAAAGUCCCAGGUGCCCUGGACAUCGUCACCAUCGAGUCACUGGAGAACGGGGAGUGCCAGUCCCCACACACCCCCAAAAUGACGACCUUCCAGGACAGUGAGCUCAGCUAUGAGCUGCAGACAGCCAUGUCCAACAGCUGCCACGAGACGCUCGGCAUCAAGAGCAGCCAGGGGAUGUCACGGAGCCAGGAGAGCAUCGGGGUGCGAUCCCGGGGCUCAGGGCACUCGCAGGAUAACGUGCUGUCCCGGCACCUCUCCAGCCCCUCGCAGGAGAGCCUGGGCAGCGGGGAGAGCAGCAGCAGCAGCGGGCAGUCCUGCGCACCGCCCCGCAGCAAGGAGAGCACGGCUGGCCUGCCGGGACGGCCCAGUCCCGAGCCCUACGGGAAGCUCGUCUCCCCCGAGGGGCUGAAUGGCUAUGCCAACGGCAGCGGGGGCAGCCCUCUCAAGGAGAGGAACCUGCCUGAAGGCACGGAUCAGUACACCUGGCCGGUGGCUCAGAAAGGUGCUGGGACACCAGCAGUCACCCCCUGUACCCCUCCCCAGACCCCCAGCAAGGCGACGGCCCCAUACGUCUUUAUGUACCCACACGUCUCCUUGAAAUCCCCGACGGUCCCUUCCCUCCUGGGAGUGGAGCAGCCCAAGACCCUGGCACACGCGUACCCCUCUGUCUCCUCCGGACAGAAGAGCAGCCUGCAGACAUCGGCUCAAAAAGCCUUCUCCUACCUGCACAGCCAGUGCGGCCCCGCAGAGCCGCCUGCUAUGCCACCCGCGGCUGGGGCAGCCCCGGGCACCUGGCAGCCCGGGGAGCAGCAUGGUGGGGGCGAGGGCUUCAAGUACAAGAAGCGUUCGCACAGCCUGAACCGCUACGCACUGUCAGAUGGGGAGCACGAGGAGGAGGAGGGGGCGCCCACCAGCACCCUGGGCUCCUACGCCACCCUGACGCGGCGGCCGGGCCGGAGCCAGAUGCCGCGAGCCGCUCUGCAGACGGACGCCAAGGUGACCCGCAGCCAGUCCUUCGCCAUCCGGGCCAAGCGCAAGGGGCCUCCGCCGCCACCUCCCAAGCGCCUCAGCUCCGUCUCCAGCACCCUGGCUGCCGAGGCAGACAACGAGCAGCCCCCUGACCCCGAGCGGCAGCCUGCAGCCCCCCAGGAUGUGACUGACGCGGCUGCCAGCCCGGGUGACGCUGGCCACAGCAGGACAGUGAAGGGCCUGGCAGCUGCGCUGGAGGGGACACCGGGGCCGAGUCCACCCAAGCCCCUUCUGGCCCCAAAACCGCUGCACGUGGCUCAGGACUGUCUCCCCAGGGCAGAUGUGAACAAUGAGUCCUACAAUGGCAGUGACAGCAGCAGCACCACACUUCCCGACACCGGCAGGGACCCCUUUGAGAGCAGCAAGCCACGGAGACGGACGUUGAGUGAGCCCAGCGCUCCCAUGACAGAGGGGGCUGCGCAGGGCGGGCGGGAGGAUGCCUGCUCGGACACAGAGGAGGAGGCUAAGCCAGGGGUCUCCUCCUCAUCCUCCCAGAACAGCUCCAGCGAGUGCAUCCCCUUUGCAGAAGAAGGCAACUUAACCAUCAAACAGCGACCAAAGCCCACCGGGCACCCCAAGGCUGACGCAGCUGCGCCAGAAACAGAGCCCGGUUCCCAGGUGGUGGAAUCCCCCUGUCCUGCCGGGAAGGAGCCGGUGCCGCCCGCUGCCACCAAGGAGCCGCCUGUGCUGGAGUUCAACCUCACCGAGUCGGACACGGUGAAGCGCCGGCCCCGCUUCAGGGAGCGGGAGCCGCUGCAGGCGGUGCUGAAGGCGUUCAGCAUGGCGGGGCAGGCGGAGGCGGGGGCCAGCCCUGCGCCCCAGUAUGCCCAGGCCCAAGCAGUGAGCAUCGCGGGCCCUGCUGUGCCGGCACCGGCAUCACAGGCUGGGCUGGCCGGCGAUGCCUUCGACGACGACAGCGUAGAGUUCAGGAUUGCCGAGAUAGAGAAAAGCAUCUUAUCACUGGAGAAGGGGAUCAAGAAGGCACCGAGCCCCACCAAGGCCCCCGGCCCCGUGGAGCUGCUCAGCACUGCCGUAGUGAGGACGCCCGCUCCAGACGUCCCCACCAAGCACACCUCCGUGGCGUCCACCAAGCUAGUCUUCUCCGGGCCCAAGACCAUCUACCAGCAGGUCCUGCAGCCCUCCCGCCACACUGUUGCUCCCUGGGCGGCCACCGAGGCAGUGCCAGAUGUGGUGGGGUCCCUGGCCGCUCCUGGCUCGCUGGAGGCAGGCAGCAAGGUGUCCCCGAAGCCUUUGGCCGCUGCCCCGGGGGCCGCGCUGGCCCAGCAGCGGCUGGAGCAGACCAACUGCACCCUGGCUGCCGCGCUGCAGGCGGCCGAGAAGAAGAUCAUCACAGCGGAGGAGGCGGAGAGCCACCCCGGGGCCGCGCACUCGGCCAAGAACAUCCUGGAAGACAUCAGCAACAUGUUCGAUGACCUGGCUGACCAGCUGGACGCGAUGCUGGACUGAGGCUUGCUCCCUCCUUCCCCUCCCCGCCUCCGGCUGCUCCACCAGUGCCCCCCGUGACAGGGGGCGAGUGGGUCCAGCACCGCCCGGUGCCUCCGGGUCUCACCAGCCACCUCCAUCCCCACACUUUGCACUGCGGCUGGGAACGCAGCCACCGCUCCUGGCUCGCCCCGGCUCCAGAUCACACGUGCCAGCACGGCCACGGGCUGGUUUCCGAGGGGGUCAGGCGUUUCCCACCAGACUGGCAGCAGGAGAGCCCAGAGGGGCUGCACGGGCGGUCCUGGAGGCCAGGGAGAAGCCCUCGCUCCCUUGCACAGAGCUGAGGAGCCUCCACAAGGGACCUUUCUCUUUCCCCGCUGCAUUGCUGAGUCCUGCCUCUAUUAUUUAUCCCCUGCCAACAAUGUGUCAAAGGAGAGACCUCCCCGGGCAGCCGCCACCGAGCUGGCUAUUUACUGAGCCCCAGCAAGGCCUGACAGCAGCUAAAAGAAGACAGGGCUUGUCGCAAUUUGGCAGCUUGCAGAGCGAGAAGGAACCUUUCUGCUUUAUUGGUUGCUUUUCCAAAUGCAUCAGUGUCAGGCAGCGUGUAAUCCGAGUGGAUUGAAAUCCCUGCGGUGGGACCCCCCGGACCCCUCGAGACGGGGCUGGCAGGAUGCGAAGCAGCGGAUGCUCUGCCAUGGCACUGCCGGCCGUGGAGCUCUCCCUGCCCCUUCCAGAGCGAGGAGGAGGGUGAUGGCAGCGCCAGGCUGGCUGCACCGUGCUGCUAAACACCAGCUGCCCUCUGCCGACACCGUGCCUCCGCAAACCGCCACCCUGGUGCCUCCAGGGUUGAAGGAGCAGCGUGGUUAGUGCAUAUUUUUUCUUUGAUUUUCCUCCCCUCUCCCUCUUUGGGGGAGAUGAGAGUCCCUUUUCCCCCUCCUGCUCCCUGCGGGGAGCUGCUGGCACAAACCCCGCUGCGAGCGUUGAACAGUGGCAGCCUGCGGGACUCUGCGAGAUGCUUCUUGCAGCGCUGGGAGGCAGCGGGAGAGGUGACCCCGCGUGCACUGGGUGAAUUCUGCGCCGCAGCAGCUCCCGUGCGUUGGGGCUGGAUGCGGUCACAGCCCCGUGGCUGCAGUAGGGGAACAGCAGCGACAGCUCAUCGCAUCCAAGCGGUAGGAACGGCUGCAUAGCUUGAAGACAGAUUUCUCUAGCAGGAUCUGUUUAGUAGUGCAUGUCUAAAUAUGUCCAAGAGCCCCAAACUUGGCUUGCGCUCGGCAUGCCAAGCAAAUGAAAGCAUCGGAGCACCAGAAGGGAACCGAAGAUUGUACUAAAGUGCCAUUUGCUACAAAAAUUCCAGACAGAGGUAAAACAAUCCACAUAUCUCCCCCCCCCCCCCCCCUUUCAAAAAAUUAUCAAUGCAAAACCAAACUGGCAAGGGAGAAGGUGGCUGAAGAGGCAGCUGCUUCCCAAUCCUGGGGGUUUGCGACUGACUGGGACUGUUCGGAGCCCCUCGUCCCCUUGCACGCAGCGGGAGCAGCCCCUGUGAGCAGAGCCCGCCUGCGCGGUCCGGGGUCUCCGCUCACGAGCAGCAGUUGUGCCAUGGGCCGGCCGGGCGGGAGGUGCCAGCCUGGCUCCUAGGCUGAAAAGCAAAGAUAAAAAGCCCUAAAAAAAAAUAAAUUGUAUCGUUGGCUGGGACUUGAGGCUAGUGUGAGGUGGUUGACACCUCUCUCCUGGCUUGUUGGUUGCUCUGAUUUAUCUAUCACAUCGCGUGUAUUUAAAUGACCAUGUCUGACAGGCAAGUGCUACGUCAUGGACCCGAUUGUUUUUAAAUAGCUACAACCAGUGGCACUUUAUCAAAAGGUUUGCAGAAACCUUUUAAAACCGAUUUUUACUCUCACGAGUCAACCUGGGACAAGCCCAGUUGUGGGGUUUUUUCCUAAUGUUGACAAACUGUAAAUGUUUUUUUGGUUUUUGUUUUUGUUUUUUUUUUUUUUUUAAGGCCAAUGUAUAUAUUUUAAAUGUGAUUUAUUAUAUAUAUUUACUAACCAGAACUGCAAGUCUUGUACUCUAGGGUCAGGGAUAAGAGGACACUGGGGUGGAGCUGUCGCUGUCUGAGCCACCUGAGGGCAGCACCAUGCUGCUCUCGUUGUCAAUAAGGGAAUUAAACAUUUGAUUUUGCAGAAGAAUGCCUAUUUUUUAAGCUCUAGAUCUCUAUUUUGAAGCUACUGUAUGGUGUGUAAGUUAUGUACAAUGCAACUGGGACUAACUGACCCCAGCUGCACCUGCUCCGUGCAGCAAGACAGUGAGGGGAAAAAAUAGCCCAUGUAAUCACCAGACUGACAACAGAUUUUAAACCAUCUGCUCUGUUUGUGUUAAUCAUGUGUUUCGUUUUCCACUAACAUCCAUUAAGACUAAAUUCUAUUAAACAGUGGGGCAUAUUUUACCCUUUUGAUAGUUUU